AUGAAGAGAAUAUAUCUGCCUCUCAUAGCUCUGCUAAUAUGUUGCCGUCGGUCCAAGUGUUAUUCCGGACCUCUUAAGCUCCACGUGGACACCGGCCACCCGCCGUGUCUUUUCCAAGCGCUGUGCACUUGCUCGAAACCAGCCGGCGACUUAGGUAUAGUGACGUGCAAGCACGUGCCAAUUCUGCGGGUGCCCGCGGCGGUCAAUAGUUCCAAGGUUUUCACAUUGCAGCUGACAGGGAACAAGAUCAGGGAUUUGGAGCCGCAAUUCUUCCAAACAACAGGUCUGUACCGGCUGGCCAUAAACCAGAACCCCCUGGAGAGCAUACACGAGGAGGCGUUCUACGGCCUCGACAACACCCUUUGGGAGCUGGAGUUGAAACACGACAAAUUGACGGCGGUGCCCAGUAGGGCGCUACGUUAUCUACAGAAAUUGAGGUUGCUGGACCUGACGGGCAACGAGAUAACAGAUAUAUCUGGUGACAACUGGAGGGGCCUCGAGAACACACUGCACACUUUGGUGCUGGCCGAUAAUUCGAUUUCAACAUUGCCACUAGAUGCCUUCUCCGGUCUACCUAUGCUGGAGGUUUUGGAUCUGCAUGGUAACCACUUAGCUGUUAUCGACAGCGGAGUGUUCAGAGAUGGGAUGAAUAGACUGAAUAAGCUACUAUUGAGUGACAACCAACUGUCGUAUAUUCCAUAUGAAGAGUUGGCGCCACUCCGCCAGCUAAGGUAUCUGGACCUUUCCAACAAUGUGAUCAAGCAAGUGCCUCCGAACCACGAUCUGAACGGAGUCACAUUGUCCUUAGACACACUGAAGUUAGAUCACAAUCUCAUUGGCACGAUGAUGCCUGGGUCCUUCAAAUAUUUCAAUGUUUUGAACGCUACAUCCUUGAACGGCAAUCCCAUAUUCUCUUUGCGAGAGGAUGCAUUUAGAAACGCCAAGAUCAAGUCACUUUCACUUCGCGACUGCAGCAUUUCGGAUCUAUCGCCAGCUUCCUUUGCGGGUCUCGAGAAUAGUUUGCAGAGCUUGGACCUGUCCGAGAAUAACUUAACGAUGCUCUCAAAGUUCAUGUUGAACAAAUUGGACUCGUUGAGGCUACUCAAUCUGCGCGAGAAUAAGGUGGACACCAACUUAUUGACAACUAAUAAUCCAUCGGAAUUCACACCAACAUCUUUUAGCAAUUUUCAAUAUAAAUUAUUCUUCUUGGACAUAAGUGGUUCAUCGUCGUUAGAAACCAGCUUGCAGGAUAUAAGGAAAAUGAGAUCACUAAGGUACCUCGCCGUAAGUAAACUGAUAAGAAGAAGUAUAAGCGCCGAAGAUUUUCUCGAAUUUGGCGUAGAGCUUGAAGACUUAAAAAUAUACGGAAGCACCAUAAACAAAAUAGAAGCCAGUGCAUUUCAAUACGUGAGGACGAUAAAGACGUUGGAUCUGUCGGAAAAUAAUAUUGACUAUAUAGAUCCUUUUGCUUUUGCUGAGUUGCACAGUUUGACAACGCUUAAAAUGGCGAAUGGUUUGGACGACUCAGUUAAAAUAUUACCAUUUGAACCCUUAAAAGCCCUUAUAGAGUUGCAAUAUUUAGAUUUGAGCAACAAUAGGAUAAAGAACGUCCCCGAUACAUCUUUCCACUUCUUAUACAAACUGAAGAUAUUGAAUCUGCAAGAUAACGCCAUAGACCAUUUCUCGAAAGGAACUUUACAGGGAGAUAUACAUAGAUAUCUAGAGAGUGUUUGUUUGUCCCUAAAUCAAAUGACCCAGAUAGCACAACAUACGUUUGUGGACUUGAGAGAGCUUCAGGAGGUUUUGAUCGAAGAUAACCUAAUUGAAAGUAUUCAAAGACGAUCUUUCACUAGUUUAGAUAAUUUAAAAGUUAUCAAACUCAGGGGAAACAGACUCAUCGAUAUAUCCGAGGAAGCCUUUCAGAAUUUGCCUGCCUUGAAAGAGUUGGAUGUAUCGUUUAAUCGUCUAGAAACUUUCAAAUUUUCCAUUUUCGAUCAAGUGGGCUCAGCGACUGCAUUGAGAGUAAACGCUUCCUACAACCGUAUCACUUCACUAACAGACUCCAACGCGCCAACAUUCUUUUCAUCGAAUUUUUAUCCACCACCGAAACCCCAAAGCUUGAUUUCUGAGGAUGCGAUUCCUCUGCAACAAGGUCUUGGAACAGUUUCGGUCAAUAUCCGAGUCUUGGAUUUCUCACGCAAUAAUAUCACUUACAUCGCGCCGUAUUAUUUCAGACACGCCGAUCUAACUUUAUCCGAGUUAUAUUUAUCACAUAACUUACUCAGAAAUAUCACAAGGGAGGUAUUCGGAUCUAUGCUGAUGCUUCAAUAUUUAGAUUUGUCACACAAUCAAAUCUUUCACAUGGAAUAUGACUGUUUUAAGAAAGUCAAGAAUUUACAGAUUAUCGAUCUUUCGUACAAUAACCUUAUUGAAAUGCCCAUAGAGGUUUUCCACGAGAUGUUAGCUUUGACUUCUGUGGACCUAUCGGAUAACAGACUAAGAAACAUACUCGACAAUCUUAUAAUUUCUCCGUCAAUUGAGAGAUUGGAUCUUUCAAAUAACGAUUUAUCCCGAGUACCGACGAACUGUUUAUCUCACGCUGCUGCCGCUAAUUUAGUUGAAUUGGAUUUAAGCGGCAACACUAUACCAGCAGUUUCAAUUACAGAUCUAGUUCAAAGAUUCAGGAGCCCCGAUCAGGACUACUGGCCCGAGGACCACGACGACUACAACGACGAAUACAUGUACCACACAGCUAGAAGGGAUCACACGCGAGUGUUCCACCAAAAAAAGCAAUUCCCGCAGAAUAUUCUGUACAAGUCGCUAGCUUGGUUGGAUUUGUCCAACAACCAUCUGGUGCGCGUUGAAGGCGGUUCUUUCGGUGCAUUACCAAAACUGAGAUGGUUGGACCUAAGCAACAACUCGCCAUUCAACCCAAGCGAGCGUGUGAACACCAUGUUCAAGGGCUUAGAACGGAGGCUGUCUCAUCUUGGACUGAAAAAUGUUAGCUUGACGUCGAUCCCGUCCAUGUCCCUCUCAAAACUUAAGAGCCUGGAUUUGUCAUACAAUAACCUACCUUCAAUAUCGCCUGAAACUACAGCAAACCUGACGAGGCUCAGGGCUCUCGACCUUUCUUACAACGACUUUACAAAAGUUCCCGAAGCAACGCACUCGCUUACCAAUCUAAGAUGGCUGUCGUUGUCAGGAAACCCCAUAACGGCGUUGAGGAACACAAGCCUGUACGGAGUAUCACCCCGCCUAGAAUAUCUUGAUGUAACACGCCUUCGAUUAAACAUUUUGGAGCAUGGUGUAUUCAGCAAAAUGUUUGGGUUAAGAACACUAAAAAUUAACAUCUAUCCAAGCGUGAGAGAUUUUAAUAUUCCACGUUUGCUCACCUACAAUGUGGCUUUGGAAAAUCUUGAAAUUGAAGUGGAUGACCCUCAGAUAGACCUUGGCAAGGAGAUGGCUGGUGAUUUGCCUUGUAAACUAAACAACAUAACAUUACUUGGAAGAUCUUUGAAAUUUAUAUCUCAAUAUUUACUGAGUGGAGUACAAUCAAAGGUCUUGCGGCUAACAAUACAUAACACCAGUGUUGAAGACAUCGCAAGUGAAGUGUUUUGGAAGCCAGGACGUGUCAAGAACCUAACCCUAGAUCUGAGAUAUAACGAAUUAACAAGAGUUCCGAACCCAGCGCAGAAGGAAUGGCCCGAUGUUCCGAAUAAUGUGUUUCUUCACGACAUAUUGGUAUCAGGAAACCCGUUGGCAUGUGAUUGUGGCAUUGGGUGGAUAGAAGCUUGGGAUCGUAAGAGAAGACAAUAUCUUUGUGAUAGUCCUUCAAAAUGCGUAGCAACACGCGAUGAUGUUAGAUUUUCCAUCUGUCCUUUGUAUAGCAAUCGGACAUUAAUUGACGUACUGUCAAAAGAAUUAGAUUGCAGUUGGAGUCGAGGAUUUUUGACAUCACCGAAUUUCUUUAUUAUUUUGGGCAUGUCUUUCUUGACAUAUCUUUACAUC